GUUUAGACCCCGCAAUGGGUAGACAUGGUUACAUCUUAUACACAUUUGACACAUCCAGUGGAAAGACAUACCAGAUUCCAAAGAAUCUCGAAAAGAGCUCUCAGUGUAACGCAAGUUGGGAAUUUUCUCCGCCUUCUCUCUAAACUCUUUCGCACCCCCUGGGUCGGAACUGUUUAGCACGCUUGCGUUCUUCGCUCUUGAGCAAUAAUCCACCGUUCAAUCCUUGAUUUCUCUCUUGUUUCUGGUUCGGAAUCUUCAGGGCUUUCUUAUCUGCAAGUUGGAUUGGAAAAAUCUGGGAUUUUUAGCUGGUUACGAACUUCUUGGAAGUUGCAGUGUUCUCGGACACUGUUCAUUCCCGAAAUAGAAACCUGCUUCGGAUCUGUUUUUGGACGGUUGUUUGGGGAAGAAGAAGGUUGUCUAGGGGUCGCUAGCCUCUGGCGCACCUCCCGAGCUUGGUUUCCGGCCACCCUUCCACCACCGUACCGGAGUUUGAAGAAAUCCGUUGUGGCGGCGCACUGUUCACAGGAAGGCGUUGACUUCGGUUUUUCUCCAUUUUUGGUCGUUCAAUCUCUGUUUUGACGCCACCAAUACAACCAUCUGCUCAAGGCGAAGCUAUUCGUACCUCUUUCACAAAGUUUGAGUAAGAUUUUCAAUUCUUCCCUCAUUUUCGAACUUUACUGUACUUGUGCGCAUGUACUUGUGAAUUUUGAUUUUGUGGGGUAGUUUUCUGCUUACUUUUUGUGGAUUAUUGUUACACCGUUAGCUUCGCCGUUCUGUGGAGAACAUUCUGUGAUUUUUUGAAAUUUUUCUGCUUAGUUUUGAGUUCAAGUGUUACUGUUCAUCUUCCCCAACGGGUAGCUGCUACAGUAAUCCUGCGAACCCAGACCUAAUUAGGGAUCUUUCAUUGUUUUGUUGCUUGUUUCCUGUGCAAACUAACCAUGGCAGGUUAUUAUACAAGUUGAGGGGCUUCUCCGAAACUUUUUUGGGUUUGUUUUGCACGUUGUUUGGUUAAGGAUAAGCAGUUUGAAGACAAAGUCAAGGACCUACUUGCCAAAAAAGCUGCGAUGGAGGAGGGCAAGAUGAAGAAGGCUAAUCCAAUGAAGGAGGUAUCCCCUUCUAUGGACCCUAUUUUUGCUAACUCUUCUGGGGCUUUUGAUAAGGUGCAGGGGCAUUCUGGAUCUUCAAUUGAUGUAGCCUCAAUGGGGAAUGAUGGAAACUUGGUUGGGACUUCGUCCAAGAUUGUGGCACCGGAGGGUGCUAAGGGGCAUGGCACCUUUGCCGCGGCAUCUACUAAAGCUGCGGCAUCUCCUCAAGCCGCGGCAUCACAGGCGUCCUUUGCUGAGAAGCUACUAGGGUUGGACUCCAACUCUACAAAUGUCGCGACAUCAGCUGAGCUCUCACUGGUUUGCAAGACUGUUGUAGACCCGGAUGCACCUAUCAUUGAAACUUCGGAUGAGAACAGCCCCCAUAACAUUGAAGAUCUUGAGGGCUCCAUUUCCCUUGGGUCCCAUGAUACUGAGUCAUUAUAUGAAGAUUUUGAGGAGGAACCUAUGACUUAUGUCUCUUUAUUUAGGGACAACCGGGAACCAUCCAAUGGAAUCAAGCUUGAAUUCUUCCCUCCUACCGGGGAGAAACUUGACUUUUCUCACCUUCAAGUACCAACCCUUAUUGAAAUAUGGGGCUACUGUUUGGUUGGCCACUUCUCCGGGAGGUUUCCAGGCCUUAAAGCUAUCUUUGGUAUGACGAAGAAAUGGGGAGUCCAAGUUGAUGUUAAAACCCAUAGCAAGGGAUGGGUUAUCUUCAAAUUCAAAAGCGACGAGGACCGGGUUAAAGUUCUUACCGAGGGCCCAUACGUCCUAUAUGGGAAAACUAUGUUUCUCAAGGCACUAUCGGAUGACUUCUCGUUUGAGAGUGAAGAGUUUUUGAAGGUACCGAUUUGGGUGAAAUUCCCAAACCUACACUUGAGACUUUGGCGUGCUUUGGAGAUGGGGAAAAUUGCAUCCCAAAUUGGGGUUCCUAUCACAACUGACAAGGUCACUCAAGAAAAGACGUUUACAAAAUAUGCACGGGUUCUUAUAGAAGUGGAUGUCUCUAAACCUCCAAUCCUUGAUUUUCCUAUUAUUCCUCCCUCGGGAAAGGAAUAUAUUCAAAGGGUAUUGUACGAGACGUAUCCAGAGUAUUGCUAUCAUUGUAAGGAGUAUGGCCACAACCCCUUUGAAUGUAAAGUGCUCUACCCGCAUUUGGCUACAACCAAGAUUGUUGCGAAUAAGGGCAAAGGAAUUGAAGCCGCGGCUUUGAAGAUGGGGAACAAGGCUACGGGUUUAGACAAGGGCAAGGGCAUUGCCGAGGACAUUGACCCCCCUUUCAAGGAGGUGACGCGUAGGAAGGGAAACGCCAAGGCAAAACUACAUCUCGCAACGGGCGUUGCUUCAACGUCUAACGCCAUGCUCCUAAGCCUACAACUUUCGAGCCGAAGCCACAACAAGCUAGGGGAGGUGCAUCAACGUCCAAUGCCAAGCUUCCAAAGCCUAUCGUAUCUAACCUUGGGGUUAGUAUUUCUAAGGAGCUGCUGGUUCCUUCCCUUAGCAUUAAGCCGCGGCCUAGUGUUAAAUUCUCAAAAGAACGACAUCAACUUAUGGUUAUUUCCAAGGACAAAGAUGGAAAAGAGACUUUGACUAAUCUUCCUAGAGGCUAUGUAGUAAGGAGUGUGCAUGAGAUGGAUUCUAAGGACAUUGUUACCGGUGUUUUUAUUGAUGAAAAAGGAAGGUCACUUGCUACUACUAUUGAUUUGGAUGAGCUGCCGGAUGGAGAAACCUUGAUCAAGGUGGGGGCUGACCUCAAGCCGGUCACAAAUGAGGAGGAUCCGGGUGUUUAUUUCACCCACAGUGGCUUAGUGAAGCUGCCCGGUGUAAAUCGGAAUGGAACGUGGUAUGACUUUGAACCUAAAGCUUUUAUUGCUAACACUUUUUCUUUCUUUGAUCCGUGUAGCAAGAACAAUGUUAGUUACUACAAGGAGCUAUUGAGGAGAGAAAGAAGGAGUGCAAGGAAGAGUGCAGCCGAGGGUGGAGGUCCCACCAUGGAUCUUUAUCUUACUUGAUGACAAAGUGUUUGGUAUGGAAUGUUAGGGGCCUAAAUAAGGCCUCUAAACAUAAUUUAAUUGCAUCUUAUAUCAAAUCAAAUAAUAUUUGUUUUGUAUGUUUUUUGGAAACUAAAAUGACUUUGGCCCAUUAAAUAACUAUAUUUCAAAUAAGUGGCCGGGUUGGAUUUUUGAGAAUAAUUUUGACUUGAUAAAUGGAGGGAGAAUUGCGGUCAUGUGGAAUCCAAACUUAAUUAAGGUUGAUUUUCUUGAAAGAGAUAAACAAUUCUUACAUGCUAGGUGUGUGUGUUGCAUUACACAAACCCCUUUCUUUGUGUCUUUUGUCUAUCCAUUAUACACGGUCCUAGAAAGGAAGGCACUUUGGGACCAUUUGAAUUUGGUUGGUGAUCAUGUGUCCGAACCAUGGAUGGUGUGUGGCGAUUUUAAUUGUAUUGUUACGCCCAAUGAAAGGGUGGGUCCUACCCCCCUACGGCGUAUGUAAUGCAACACUUAUUUGAUUUUAAGGUUGCCAAUAGCCUUGAAGAUGCACCCUCCACGAGGGAGUUCUUCACUUGGAACAAAGGCGCACUUUGGGUCAAAUUGGACCGUGUACUAAUAAAUGAAGUGUGGGGAAUCAAAGGCAUCGGUUGUAGGGUCCAUUUCCAUGAAAUGGAGGUCGAGUUUGACCAUACGGCAUCCGUAGUGUCAAUACUCUUAAACUCCUCUCCUAGACCCAAACCGUUUAAAUUUUUUAACAUGUGGCUUAAACACACUGAUUUUGCUAAUAUCUUAGCCUUGCAUUGGAGUCAGAAUUUUGUAGGUACGGCUCAAUUCAGGUUGGUGAAGAAACUUAAGGGACUUAAAAGGCCCCUAAAAAAUCUCAAUGCCGCGGAAUUUAGUCAUAUCUCUUGUAGGGCAAAGAGGGCAAAGGAAGAGUUCAAACGGUUGCAUAGAUUGGCACUUCUAGAUCCGGGGGAUCAAGAAAUCAAGGCCCAACUGUCCAUAGCUUCAAAGAAAGCCACUUUCCUAGGUGAAGCCGAGACAAUCUUCUUCCAACAGAGGGCUAAGGCUACGCACAUACUUGAGGCGGACAGGUGCACCAAAUACUUCCAUGCGAUCGUCAAGAGGAACCUGGCCAGGAAUGCUAUUUCAUCACUUACCUUGGAGGAUAGUACCCUUACCACCUCUUUGGAUCAAGUGGGAAAUUAAUUUGUAAAGUUUUUCAUUGAUUUAUUUGGAACUAAUGCCACUUUCCUGGACCUGGACCCAUUGGUUUUACCUUUGGGUCCAUCAAUUGAGCCUAGUGCUCAUGAGAGUCUCAUUGCCCCGGUAACAUCGUUGGACAUUAAAAAUGCCCUAUUUGAUAUAGGCAAUGAUAAGGCUCCGGGUCCGGAUGGAUAUUCAUCUGCCUUCUUCAAGGCCAAUUGGAAUGUUGUUGGGAAUGACAUAGUCCUAGCGGUUAAGGAGUUUUUUAGUUCGGGAAAGUUGCUAAAAUAGAUCAACCACACUGUCAUAGCGCUUAUCCCAAAAACAAAUCACUCCCCAAAAGUCUCGGACUAUAGACCCAUUUCGUGUACGAAUGUCCUAUACAAAGUUAUUACGAAAAUUCUUGCGGCUAGAUUAAUUCCGUGUCUUCCGGGAUUAAUUGAUCAUGCCCAAGGUGCUUUUGUGGAUGGCCGUCUCAUGAUUAAUAACAUUUUCCUUGCUCAGGAACUUGUUAGAUGAUACACGAGAAAGCGAAUUUCACCAAGAUGUAUGAUCAAGGUGGAUUUGCGUAAGGCCUAUGAUACUAUUUCAUGGGAUUUCCUUGAGGCGGUUCUCAAGGGCUUGGGCCUCCCUUUGAGAUUUGUGGGUUGGGUUAUGGCAUGUGUUACCACGGCGUCGUUUUCUGUUUCUCUAAACGGAUCACUAUAUGGGUUUUUUGAGGGAAAAAGAGGUAUUCGUCAAGGAGAUCCAAUGUCUCCCCUCUUAUUUGUGCUAUGCCUAGAAUACUUUUCUCGACUUCUUAACUUGAAAACCAAGAAUCCGAAUUUUAAAUUUCAUCCAAAAUGCGAGCCUCUUAAGGUUGUGCAUUUGGCAUAUGCAGAUGAUCUUAUGCUAUUCUCUAGGGGCGACAAGGUCUCAAUUGAAACUCUUGUCAAAGCUCUACAAGAAUUUGGGGACGCAUCGGGCCUUAGGGUGAAUUACAACAAUUCUAACAUCUUUAUAGGUGGGGUUAAUGAAUUUGAUCUACAAAACAUUAUGGAUAUUGUUGAUUUUGGGAAGGGUGAGUUUCCGGUUAAAUACUUGGGAAUUCCCCUUGCCCCUCUUAAAGUCUCGGUGGCACAAUAUGUCCCUUUGCUUGAUACGAUUUCUGACUUUUUGAAUGCAUGGAAUACAAAAUCUAUUUCUUAUGCCGAGAAGAUUGAGCUAAUUAGAUUUGUGAUCCAAGGGGUCCAAUCUUUUUGGCUACAAGUCUUUCCUGUACCACGGACCAUCCUGGAUCGUAUUGUUUCCAUUUGUAGAGUGUUCCUAUGGGGAGGGAAGUAUGCCAAAGUGGCAUGGGAUGAUAUCUGCCUUCCCAAAGGGGAAGGGGGCAUUGGUAUUCGUAAUGCCAAGGUUUGGAAUCAGGCCCUCCUUUCCCGAACGCUCUGGGAUGUCCACCUUAAGAAGGACACUCUUUGGGUGAAAUGGGUUAAUGGAAUUUACCUCAAGGGCUGAAGUGUGUGGGAUUUCAUCCCACACACCUGUGAUUCGACUUUCAUCAAGAGUUUGGCUAUAAUAAGGGACAAAAUCAAAGGUCAUUUUAAUAACCCGAAUGAUACUAUUAUGGGGUUAGCCUCUAGAUUUAUCAACGGUAAACUGAUUUCUAGCAAAAUCUAUGAAUUAUUGAGAACAAAGGGGACGGCUAAGGUAUGGAUGAGCUUCAUUUGGAAAUCUUACAUCCCUCCCAAAUUCUCGUUUAAUGUUUGGCUUGCGUUCCGGAAUAGGUUACCUACCCAGGAUAACCUUGAAUAUUUGCAUAUUGUGAAUAGAUGUGACCUUUGCAAGGGUGGCUUGGAGUCAAUGCCACACCUUUUCUUUGCUUGCCCUCUCACUUGUAGGGUAUGGGAGCACAUUAGGAUUUGGCUUGGGAUGACGCAUCAUAUGACCACGAUGUCUAGCUCAGUCAAAUGGAUCUUGAAGGACCACAAGGGAUCGAAGUUGAUGGGUAAAGCAGUUCGGGCUGCCUUUUGUGCUACUAUAUAUCACAUUUGGCACGCUAGGAAUGCUAAUCGAUUUGAUGACACAAACAAGAAUGAAGACGAACUAGUUGCUAAAAUUAAAAAUGUGGUAUAUAAGAUACUCUUCAACAUAUACCCGUGUGAGAUGAUUAAGUUUUGACGAAUGCAUUGGACUACAACUUGGAAGCCGUGGCAUAUGUGAAUUGUGAAGCCGCGGCAUGGGAGAACCUCUGAAGCCGUGGCAUGUGGAGCAGUGCGAAUGCAGCUUGCAUCACGAUUUCUUAGUUUUGAUUUUUGAAGUUAAAGGAGCACACAAUAGCCUCCUUUGGCUUUGGCUUGAUUUUUUGAUUUUUGGAAGAGCUAUGUGCGUGCACACUCGCAGCACUGAUUCUGAUUUUGUUUAGCCUCGGGCAUUGGGUAUAUUAUACUUAGGCCCCUGAUUUUUGUUUUUGGACUAGAUCGAACCAAAACCUCUCCUAACCCCUACGCUAGGUAGGGGGGGGGGGUUAGGAGAUCUAAAACCCAUGAUGUAUAGUUUUUCUUUGGGUGUUAAUAUAUAUUUACAUUUCAUCCAAAAAAAACAUACCAGAUUCCAAUGCCUAGGCUUCAAAAUUUCAAUCUCACCGAGGAUUAUUUUGAUUACUUAAUUCCUAUAGGCCACUUUAAGCUUUGCCUUUUGUGGCAUAGUGUCAGAAAGGGUAAUGUCCUCUUCUAUGUCAAGGUUUUUGUUUCUUGGUCCAAAAAAGGUGGAAUCUCCCACCCCAGGAGCCCCCCAUAUCCCGACCCGACAGGAUUUUGGGCAGGAUGUUAAUCACCGUGACUCAGUCGGUCCAAUGAUGGUAGGCCUUUUUCCCGUGCGCACCAGAGGCCCAGCCUUAUUUCAGGUUCUGUGACCUCCACACGGCUGCUGCGGGUUUCGUACCUUGGUCACUUGAUCCAAAUUUCCUACCACUGAACUAACUGAGCUACCCGUGCGGGUAAGGUUUUUGUUUCUCUGCGUCCUUUAAGGUGCACUCUUUUGAAAGAAGCUGUUUUGGGAGACAUUAAGCUUGAUCAACUUGAAAUAGUCAAUUGUCUACCUUUGUAAGUACUUUUCACCCUUUAGUUCAAAUAAGAUGUACUCCGGUUUUAGAUGUAUUAAUUUAUUUGUGUUCCUAGUGAUUCUUCUUUGUAUCCAACGAGAGCGGUGAAACAAUAUGCACCUACCAUAGCUGAAGUUAUAGCAGCAACACACAUCAAAGGGUAAUGUUUAGUUCAUCAUUAAGUUAAACACUUUUUUUUCAUACCUGUGAUCCCCAGUUAACCUUGAUUCAUACUAUAACGAAUUGAGUGAUUAUGGGCAUGUGGCUUAAGUGUGCAUACUGCGUUUUCAAGUAAAAAGCGGAAGCAGGCAUUGUCAUGAUGUACUCCUAAUUUACCAUAUUUAUGAUCUUGUUUUGUCACAGUUUUAAUAUUUUAUUUCUCAUUUUUUAAAUAAAAAUGAUUGAUUUUUAUCAUCUUGGACAUUUUAAGGUAUUGCACUUGUUUUGGUAUAUUUUUGAGUUUCAGGAUCAUUCAGGACAUAUAUUAAUAUCUGAAAAGAAAUAAAUAUUAAUCCCGAGUGAAGACGGAAAAAUCAUCAAAGUGAAGCGGGUCCUUACUUUAACUCUCAAAUGUUUGAUUAAGAGACCCGAAAUAUAUUUCAGAAUAAACCAGACUGUCCGCAAUAAAAUGUACCGGUUAACUGCUGACUAGUUAACUAAUCAAACAGUCAGUCGGUCAAUACAUGCACAAAAAUGAUGUUUGUACACACUCUUAUACACACUUUUGUACACACCUAUGUCUGUGAAAGUUUUUUUUUGUCUGUGAACAUCGAUUCACAGACAAUGUUUUGCAUAAACAAAAUAUUGUCUGUGAACCGGAUUCACAGACAAAAAACAAGCUUCACAAACAUUGUGUGUAUAAGGUAUGUACAAGGGUGUGUACAUCAAGAAUGAUUGAUACACGCAAAUGACGGAAAUCAGGAAAUGGAGCCAAGCCAAAAGUUGCCUGACAAACACUAUUCACUAUUCACUCAAUAGUGAAUAAAUACGUAGAAGAUAGAGCUCCCAAGACAAAGAAGAGAAAAUAAUGCGCUGGCAAGGACCUACUCAUUCGUACAAGCCUAUUUAUUUGAUCCAUAGCCAAUUCUCCAACCAAUAGCCUCAGCCCAUGUCAUUAAUUAUUUGCCUCCAUGAAGUCGCAUCAUCAUCAUCUUGAUAGCAUGACGAACACAGCGGUGAUGGACUUUUCGUACAGAAAUAAACAGAGCAAAAAGCUAUUCAUGGGACUGUUCUUUCGGCACCGAUCAUAUCUGAUGGAGAUUAGGAUAAUCAAUUUGCAAAAUUAUUAUUUCCUUCAGCAUUAUUCUUGAAUAAUAUUCAAGCUCCAAGAGUUCUUGAGUUGCCUAUAUAAAGGGCCAUUUGGAAGCUGCGGAAGCACACCAAUUCGGAGAGAAAUCUCCUUCUUCUCUUUUCUUUAGCUUUAGUUUAUAUUAGUAGCCAUAUAAUAAAAGUGAUUCUGCC